AUGGAUAUAUACGAUAAACCCUACUACAAAAUAACUAAAAUUUCUGCUUCUCUGAUAGGUCGAUGGCCAUAUCAGUCUUCACGACAGAGCUUAGUGAUAGUCGCUGUUAUAUGGAUUGCAUUUAUACUGCAAGCUAUUCCACAAAUCAUCGCAAUUGUUACCCAUUUUGAUGAUCGGGAGGUACUUCUCGAGGCUUUAGCACCAUUUAUAAUAGACAUAAUGUUUGUAGCCAAAUAUAUGAAUUCAAUCUACAAUGCAGAAUUGAUGAUAAAUCUAUUUGAGAGAAUGAAACAGGAUUGGAAAUUACUAUCACGUGCUAAAGAAAAAUGCAUCCUAGAAUAUCAUACAAAUAUUGGGCGACUUAUUUCUACUGGAUAUGCAGGAUUUGCAUACACGACCACGGCAAUAUUUCUGUCUGAACCAAUUUUGCCAAGGGUUAUCAAUUACUUUUCAAAAUCAAAUGAAUCCGUACCACUGAAAUUUGCUCUUCCAUUGGAAUACAUAAUAUUUGAAAAAGAAAAUCAUUAUUGGUUAAUGUUAGCUAUUACGAAUAUGUUUGCUAUCAACAUGAUAAUUGUUACUAUAUCCUGUGAUAUCAUGUUUAUCACAUUCGUACAACAUGUUUGCGGGUUGUUUGCAGUUGUAGGAUUUCGGAUAGAAAAUUCGCCAACGGGUAAAAUUUCGGACAGCAGGCAAGAAGGAGUAAGUUUACGGAAAAAUUCACACGAUGUCUCUUAUAAACAUUUGGUAUCAUGCAUCAGAAGUCACAGGAGAGCUCUAGAAUUCGUUAAACUCCUCGAAGAAACUUUUACUGGAACUUUUGGAGUGGUCGUUGCAUUAAAUCUACCAAUGAUUAGUAUUACCGGAUUGCAGCUAAUAACACAAUCGAAUACAGUGGAACAAACAUUGAAAUACCUCACGUUUGCCCUUGCCCAAGUGCUGCAUCUGUUCUUCGACUGUUUUCUAUCACAAAAUUUAACAAAUAUGAGUUCACAAAUUCCGCAGUGCAUAGCUAACAUGAAAUGGUACAAUAUUUCGAAAAAGUCACAAAAAUUGAUACUUUUGAUGACAAUGAGAAGUCAGACACCUUGUAAAUUGACUGCUGGCAAAAUUAUGGAAUUGUCUAUUGAAAAUUUUGGAAUGAUGAUGAAAACCUCCGGCUCAUAUUUCACGAUGCUUCUGUCAAUGCAAUAG